AUGCCGGCGCCUCCGAUCAAGGAAAGAGUCCCGAUCAAGGACAUGCAAAAGGUCUUCCACUAUACGGAUACUAUGACCCGCAAACCGACGAGAGACAAUGAUCCCUACGAGUACCUGGCGGGAUUUGGUAACCGACAUCAGUCUGAAGUGAUCCCGGGGACGUUGCCUGCUGGCCAGAACAAUCCCCAAGAGCCUCGGUUCGGUCUGUAUACAGAGGGCAUCACCUACUCGGCCUUUGCAGCCCCCCGCCAUGCCAACUUCAGCACCUAUAUGUACCGUGUUCGGCCAGCUGCUGCUCACAAUGGGUACCGAGCCAACAUCAAGCACAAGGCAGACAUCGAGAACUGCUUCUUAUCUCUAAACCCUAAGGUUGCAACGCUGGCCGAGCAGGGCGAAUGGGCCCCAUUUCCGCUGCCCAAGGAGGACGAAAGAAUCGAUUUCGUGGACGGUCUUCACACUUUGGGCGGCAGCGGGGACCCCAACCUACGCGAGGGGAUCGCUCUGUACGUGUUCAUGAUCAACGCGGACAUGGACCGGCGGGCGUUUUGCAACACCGACGGCGACUUCCUCAUCGUCGCGCAGCUCGGGAACCUGGAUAUCCAGACCGAGAUGGGAAUGCUGUUCCUGCAGCCCGGAGAGAUCUGUGUCAUUCCUCGGGGCGUUCGUUUCGCCAUCCGACUCGGCCGCGGACACAAGGUUGCUCGUGGAUACAUCACCGAGGUUUGGGGUUCACGAUGGGAGCUGCCGGAUCUAGGUCCUAUCGGUGGCCACGGCCUAGCCAACCCCCGGGAUUUCCUCCACCCGGUGGCUCAUAUCGACGAGAUUCUCCAUGCAGAUUGGUCCAUCGUCAACAAGGCCAACGGUCUUUACAAUGCCAUUGAACAAGACCACAGCCCCUUCGACCUCGUUGCAUGGCAUGGGAACGUUGUUCCCUACAAGUACGACUUGACCAAAUUCUCCUCUCAGAACGCGACAUCAAUCGACCACACCGAUCCCUCGGUGAACUGCGUGCUGACGGCUCCCUCGCGCGACCCCAAUACUCCGCUGGCGGACUUCCUGUGGUUCGGACCUCGCUGGGACGUCGCGACCAACACCUUCCGCCUCCCAUACUUCCACCGCAACUCGGCCACGGAGUUCUUGGCUUCUCUAUACGGCAAUGGACUGGGUCGGUCCGAUGAAUUCUUGCCCGGUGGCGGCAGCGUCGAGAUCAGCCAUACACCGCACGGCAAUUUCAGCGAGGACUACGUGUAUGAGAUGCGCAACCAGGUCAACGAGCCUCGGAAGAUCCUUGAGAAUCAAAUGACGAUCAUGGUGGAGAGCAGCCGGUCGUUCUUGUUCACGGAAUACGCUCGGAGUGGAUGUGGGACCUUCAAGGAUCAGGGUACCGACCCUAAAGUCUGGGAUGCUCUUCCGGAUAAAUUUUCCUCGUACCCCAACAUCCAGGAGAUUCUUCGCCAAGUCAAGGCGGACAAGGAAGCCCGGAAGGAGCGUCUGGAGGCAUAUUACGACGAUAGCAAAUUGGCGCAGCUCGUCGGCGGUCAAAAGUCGGCAUAA